GCCAGAGCCGUUCCCUUGGCCGCACGGCGGCGCGGGGUGGGGGGCGUGCCGCCGCCGCCAGGCGGGCCGAAGGCUGCCGGGGCCCGGCGACGCCAGUCCGCGCCGCCGCUGCCGAUCGGCGUGGGCUCGCGGCCCGGCUGCCAGGUCCGCGCUGCCAGUCCGCGCUGCCAGGUCCCCCGCGGCCAAGCACAUGGGGCUGCCCUUCGUCCGCGCCGGGGCCCUGUCCUGCGCCAUCUCUGCCGGCCUCCUGGCACGAGGCGGCUCUUUGGGCGGCGCGGCGCUCGUCGAGGAGUUGCUCGACGCCGCGCGCCUGCGGGUUCCGUCGGGCGCCUCUGCCCCGGCGUGCGCCCUCGAGCGCGGCAGCCGAACUUCUUCCUCUCGUGGCCGCUCCCAGUCGAGCAGUUCGGGCAGCUGGCCUACGCCACGGUGGAGUCCGUCCUGUUCCACCACCCAGGCGCGAACGUCGUGCUGCUCUCCGCGGGGCUCCCGCGCACGCUCUUCGACGUCUACCUGCGGGAGGGGUACUGCGUGCUGUCCCUGCCCGUCGGCCCGCGGGAAGCCCAGGGCCUGGCGGCCGCGGCCGCCCCGGAGAGCCCUGGCCUGGGCUCCCUCCAGGAGCGGGCAGCCCUGCUCGGCGGCGCGCUGGGCUGGCCGGGGAAGGGGGUGGAGGCAGGGUGUGCUCGCGCCGUGAACAAAUUGCGACGGGAGGUUUUCGAC